AUGGAUCCAAUGCAACUCUACGUGCAGAGCAUGCAGCAAACCGACCACAAAAUCCGUGAACAAGCUCGCCUAGAAGGCCAACACGAAAAUGUCCUGCACGCCAUGAACGGGCAAGCCAUCUACGCCCCCAUCGACCUAUCGAUGCCGAAUCUGCGCAUCCUCGACGCAGGCUGCGCAAAUGGGCGGUGGCUAGAAGACCUCGCAAAAAGCGUCGCUCCGACGCAACACUCAUACGUGGGCAUCGAUGUUUCAGACGGUGCAUUUCCUGAUCAAGCGCCGGACAACUUUACCUUUGUCAAACAAUCCAUCGCAGACCCUUGGCCAGCAUCGUGGAAAGGCACAUUUGAUAUCGUCCAUCAGCGGUUCACGCUGGCUGGGGGCGCCCAAUUGGGCUUAUUGCCUCUGGUGCAGAACUUCGCCGACUUGCUAAGCCCUGGCGGGUGGAUACAGCUCGUUGAGCCAGAUACGGAUGAAAUACCGGGAAACGCGGAAUCUGCUACGCAGUUUAUUGACAUGAUCGAGGCCCUGCUGGCCUUUAGCUUCCGCCAGGCAAGACCUUUCAAGGACCUCGAUCAAGUCUUGAAAGAUGCUGGCCUGACUAACGUGCAACGGAGGGACGUCAUGGUUCCGUGGGGUACGACGGCUCCUACGGCGGAACUUGCCAUCAAAGGUAUUGAGACUCCUGCUGCAGUUGUCAAUGAGAUGGAAAGUGCAAUGAAGGGUCUUGGCAUAUGGGAGAAUCAAUGGAACGGUCUCGAAGCACGUCUACGUAAAGAGCUAGCCGAGAAGGGAGGCUUUGAGCGGAUAAAUAUAGUCUGUGGCCAGAAGAAGACCGAAGACAGCCUCUAG